GUCACUCGGCUCCAGCACAGCAACAAAGGAGGAUGCGGAGCUGCGUGCGGGAGCCAAAUCCCGUUAAAAUGCUCUUCUUUUGCUUUACGAGACCGACAUAACACAUAACCAUGUAACAGUUGUCCGUGUUUAUAUGGAUAAAUGAUGUGGCGCAGAAUUCGUUGGAGGAAGCGGGGGGAGAGAGAGAAUGUACUGGGUCGCUGGUUUCGCCUCCUCCCGGUCGUUCGUGGUUGAUCUUGGCCGGAAUCAGAGCCCGUCCUUCGGGUUGUGUGGCUCUGAUGACCGUCACUUAUUUUAUGGGUACAUAGUAGCCGUCCCUGCGCAGGAUUUCGGCGGGAUCAUGUCGGGAUUGGUAUCGGAUUCCUGGUGGAAGAAGACGCUUUACAUCACCGGAGGUGCCCUGCUGGCUGCGGCUGCGUAUCUGCUGCACGAGCUGCUCUCCUUCAGGAAAGAGCAACAGUUGGAUUCUAAAGAUGCCAUCAUCCUUCACCAGUUCUCCAGGCCAAAAAACGGGGUUCCAAGCCUAUCACCUUUCUGCCUGAAAAUGGAGACCUAUCUGCGCAUGGUUGAUCUGCCCUAUCAAAAUUACUUUGAUGGAAGCCUCUCCUCCCAGGGCAAGAUGCCUUGGGUUGAGUAUAAUUACGAGCAGGUGUGCGGAAAUGAAUUUAUAAUUGACUUUCUGGAGGAGAAACUUGGUGUGAGCCUGAACAAGAGUCUGAGCGCUCAGGAGCAGGCAGUAGCGCGGGCCAUCACCACCAUGGUGGAGGAACACUUGUACUGGACCAUCGCAUACUGUCAGUGGGUGGAUAAUGUUCAAGAGACUCAAAGGAUGCUGGACCUUCCUGGGCCCCUCAGUGACCUGCUGAAAUGGAUCCUGUGUCAGCUGACUGGUGGCAUUGUAAAGAGGGAGAUGUACUGUCACGGCAUUGGCUGCUUUACUAAGGAAGAAGUUUACAGCCUCAUGGAGAAGGACAUGCGCACACUAGCCACACUGCUAGGGGAUAAGAAGUACAUCAUGGGUCCCAAGCUGUCCAGUGUGGAUGCCACAGUGUUCGGUCACCUUGCACAAGCCAUGUGGACACUACCUGGCACACGGCCCGAGCAGCUCAUUAAAGGAGAACUGAUCAACCUCGCCAUGUACUGUGAGCGCAUACGGAAGAAGUUCUGGCCCGAGUGGUUUGUGGACUUAGAGGACUUCUGUUACGACAGCGACAAUGACACCAGCAGCGGGACGCCCACCUGCAUGCUGGACCUUGGUCUCUUUUCCAGGACAGACACUUUAGAGGAUAGCGAUCUAAGCCUCCCGUCACACAGUAAUACACACUCGCAAGACUCAGACCACUCUGGACGCUCGCUCUCAGACUCUGACAUUGAAGCAGAUGGCUCGGAUGUGGAGCAGCAGGUCAAGGGUGAAAUCUAAUAGAGGUUGCUUUUUAUCUGGUGUAACAGAGCAUUUUGCGAUGUGUAGUGGCUCCAAAACUCAUAUUGAUAUGUCUGACCUGUAUGAAUCGCACUUUGAUGAACCUGAAUUAAAAACAAAAUGCGUGUACACAACGUGACGUCAGUCAUGGACAUGUGCACCUUAAGAUUUACACCACAGAAGUUGGACGCAUGUAAAAGAUCAUUCAUUCUGCCUUCAUCCCUCUCAGAACUGUUUAUAUGUCCACGGUUUUAGUAUGAUUUCUAAUUAGCUUUCAUUUCAAGGAAACAAACAUUUCGUGAUUUUUCAGUCCAAUCAAUACGUCUAUCUUCUCUCAAACUUUAAUCAAACAUUUGCUCCGGAACACAAUCAUGUAGCAAAACACUAGCUUGCAUGAUUCUAGGAUGUUUGUGCGAAGUUGACAAUAUACCUUUUUUUGACAGACUGAUUUCCUUUGUGCAACCUGAAAGUAAAUCUGUGUGAAUUCCUCCCUCCUGUUGAAACCUAAUAAUUCCCGCUCCCAGAUCAGCUCAAGUACAUAAAAUAGAAAUGAAGAUGGAUAAAAGGAUUUAUGAAGCA